CUCUCUGCUCUCAUUUGCAGAGACAACAAUGGCAGCCAAGGUCUUCUUCCUCUUUCUCUCUCUACUAUUUCUCCAUAUCUCUCUAAACCACGCAACUUCAAACCCAGAUUCCGAGCCUCUCUUAGCGUUCAAGGCCACGUCGGACUCUUCCAAUGCUCUCGCCACGUGGAACUCAUCCUCCGACCCGUGCACCACCUGGGUCGGAGUCUCCUGCACCCGGAGCCGGGUCUCGCGGCUCGUCCUCGAAAACCUCGGCCUUAGCGGCUCGUUCGAGGCGCUGACUGGGUUGACUCAGCUCCGAGUUCUCAGCCUGAAGCGGAACCGCCUCUCCGGCCCCAUUCCCGACCUCUCUAACCUCACUUCCCUCAAGCUCCUCUUCCUCUCCUACAACGACUUCUCCGGCGACUUUCCCGCUUCCGUAACGUCCCUUUUCCGGCUUUACCGCCUCGAUCUCGCUUACAACAACUUGUCCGGUGAAAUUCCCGAGACCGUCAACCAUUUGACUCAUCUCCUCACUCUCCGCCUCGAAGCGAACCGGUUCUCCGGCUCGAUUUCCGGCCUCAACAUCCCUAACCUCCAGGAGUUCAACGUCUCGGCUAACCGUUUGUCCGGCGAAAUUCCCAAGUCGUUGUCUAUUUUCUCCGAGUCUGCAUUUGCGCAAAACCCCGGUCUGUGCGGGUCUCCGGUUCAGAACUGUAAAACAGAAACCGACCCGACUCGACCCGGAGGAGCUAUUGCGUCUCCUGUAAUACCUGCAAGAAACCCAACCGUAGUGGCGUCCUCGCCGACUUCAUUGCCAUCAAGCUCUACGUCCACCAAAUCGGAAAAGUCGACGUCCCACCACAACGGAGGUUCCAGAAUUAGUCCGGCGGCUCUGAUCGCCAUAAUAGUCGGCGACGUGUUGGUCCUCUUUUUGGUCUCGCUGCUGCUCUACUGCUACUUCUGGCGGAACUUCGCGGCCAAAAUGCGGCAGGGCAAGAGCAGCUCGAAGCUUCUGGAGACAGAGAAGAUAGUCUACUCGUCGAGCCCAUACUCGGCCCAGCCCACUUUCGAGAGGGGACAGAUGGUGUUUUUCGAAGGCGUGAAGCGUUUCGAGCUGGAGGACUUGCUGAGAGCCUCGGCGGAGAUGUUGGGGAAAGGUGGGUUCGGGACGGCGUACAAGGCGGUUUUGGACGACGGCAAUGUUGUGGCGGUGAAGAGGCUCAAGGAUGCUCAAAUUGGUGGGAAGAAUCAGUUUGAGCAGCACAUGGCGGUGCUGGGCAAGCUUAGCCAUCUCAACAUUGUGAGCUUGAGGGCUUAUUAUUUCGCUAGGGAGGAGAAGUUGCUGGUCUACGAUUACAUGCCAAAUGGAAGCUUGUUUUGGCUUCUUCAUGGUAACAGAGGACCUGGAAGAACCCCACUGGACUGGACCACCAGACUGAAAAUUGCAGCCGGAGCUGCACGAGGGCUAGGCUUCAUUCACAGCUCCUGCGCUCCCCUUAAGCUCACCCACGGCAACAUCAAAUCCACCAACAUUCUCUUGGACAAGACCGGCAAUGCUCGUGUCUCCGACUUCGGACUUUCGGCUUUUUCGCCUUCCACUUCCGCCGCGUCGGCUCCGCGGUCGUGCGGAUACCGCGCUCCCGAGUUGCUGGAGGGUCGGAAAGUAACGCAGAAGUCGGACGUGUAUGCUUUCGGUGUUCUUUUGCUGGAGAUAUUGACCGGGAAAUGCCCGUCCGCUGUCGUGGAUGGCGGGUCCGGCGGUGGAUAUGGCGGGUUGGUGGACCUGCCGAGGUGGGUCCAGUCUGUGGUGAGAGAGGAGUGGACUGCCGAGGUGUUCGACUUGGAGUUGAUGAGGUACAAGGACAUUGAGGAGGAGAUGGUGGGGCUUUUGCAGGUUGCAAUGGCUUGCACAACGGCAGUGCCUGAUCAACGGCCGAGGAUGAGCCAGGUGGUGAAGAUGAUCGACGAGAUUCGCGGCGUGGCGGGGUCGCCGCCUCAUGAGGGGUUUGAUUCCAUGACGGAGUCGCCGGCUUUGUCCGAGGACACUUGCGGAGCAAGUCAGUGAUGAUCAUUAACGAUGAUGAUGAUGAUGCUACGUUGUAAAUCAUGGGGUUUUGUUCUUAGAUCAAUUUGAUCUGUUAGCUAGCUAGUCAGUUUCGAUUUAUUUACUUGCUUUUCUUUUAACUUAUGUCUUUGGUUUGUGCUGAUUACAAGGAUUAUGAACUAUGCUAUACGGAGUUUGAUUAUCAGCAAGGUUUAGCUAACAGUGUCAUCCUAACUAGUUCUUCGU